CAUCCGGUUUCUCUGGUUCCCUCACAAACGUCCCGUCUCUCUCGUCGCGAACGACCUGGAUUCACGUCUCAACACACCACGGAUCCAGUUCCGUACGGGAAACGCUGCCCUUUUUCCAAUUACAGUACCACGUGAACCGUUCGCGUCAUCCUUCCGCGUGUCCAGCGUCAUUUUUCAAAUCCGAACAAUCGUUCCAUCGAACGACUGAUCUUAACCCAACGCUAUAAUAUCAAUUGCGGGAUUUAAUUUUACAACUGAUCCUCCAGGAACAUUAUAUAGUUUAUGUAUACUUGUUUGAUAAUUUGGCAUCAGAAGUGAACAGUGACUCGCAAACGAUAGUGUAUCCACGACGAAUGUGAACUUGUGUGCCCAUGGAUGAACACCAGAGGAAUUUAUCGGUGUUAUAUCAGUGAGACUUUUGGAAGGACGAUCGUGGAAUUUUGUUUAUCGGUGAUCUCUCCAUAGAGGACACUGGAACGGUACGACAGCAAUAUGGCCGUCAGAUGGAUCGGAGUACACAAUGGGCCAAAUGUUGGAUGAAUACACUUAAGACAAACUUCCAUAAAUCUUCUUGCAUAAAUUGAAGUUUCUUAUUAAGAAUUCAUCAGUGAUUAUCAGAGAAGGAGAGAGGCGCAGGAUGAGCAUUCGAAGCGUCUUUCGGUGAAUAAUAAAUUGACACGAUCUUGAAAGAAUCAGAAAUAAUUAGAAUUAAUUGGAAGGACAGUAUGUCAGUUCACGGUGACAGCGACGCGGAUGCGACGGAGGAGAUCAACGUGGACGACUCGGACUCCGGAAGUUGUAGUCCGCGUAACUAUACUCACGACAAUCGUCGUUUACCGCAGGAGCACUCGGAGUGCUCGAAUUCCCCUCCUCCGAGUCAGACCAGUUCGAGAACGUUGCAGAAUGAAUCGCCGAGGAGUCAUCCGUUCAGUAUAAGUCGUCUGUUGGGUGACAAUAGGUCUCAGAACCGGAAGAGCCCCUCCUCGGAGGACUUGGACAGUGAUAAAGAACGAAAAUGGUCGUGGGAGGAGAGCAACAAUAAUGUUGGCUCGUCGAUGAAUUUGGACGAUGGCAGAAGAUCGUGGGGUCACGAAAUUGAAGAGAAACUCUCCGAGAAGGACGAUGACGACACCGGAAGUACCGCCGAAACUCAGACAAAUUCCUCGUCGUCGGUUCACUGUACAAGCACGGCGGAUCUGUUGGCGCCGUUCAGACUUUUCCCAACCGGAUCCGGACUGAUAUACACCGGCGGAGGCGUAAUCAGGGUCCCUGCCCACCGACCACCCGGUGCUAAUGGGACACCAACGGGUGCUCUGCCCGCACAGGCCUUGAUACCACCUUGGAGUUUACAAGCUCUUCAACAUAGCCAACAGCAAGCGGCGGCGGCGGGUCUUCACAGAGCGAGCUUGUUGGCAAACCUUGCCGCACAUCCGCUCCAGGGACACCCGCACCUGAAGGACAGGCUGGCAGUAGCUGGAGCAUUCCCAAGGAGGAUCGGUCAUCCUUACCAAAACAGGACACCACCGAAGAGAAAGAAACCGAGGACCAGCUUCACGAGGCUGCAGAUCGCUGAGCUGGAGAAACGUUUUCACAAACAGAAAUACUUAGCGUCGGCUGAAAGAGCAGCCUUGGCGAAGUCGUUGAAGAUGACGGAUGCCCAAGUGAAAACCUGGUUUCAGAACAGACGAACGAAAUGGAGGAGACAAACCGCCGAAGAAAGGGAGGCUGAAAGACAAGCAGCGAAUCGGUUGAUGCUGUCCCUGCAAGCCGAAGCCCUUGGAAAAGUAGCUUAUCAUCCAGCAACGGUAGCUAACCAUCCACCAGGAAGCACAGUGGCCAGUUUGGAUAGACAACAACCACCUACAGCUCUCACGCAUCCCGUAGGUCAAUGGACGUCGCCUUACGGUCCGCCUCAACCUUUGACCGAACCAAUUUGCUGAACCUUGAUACCUUCCACUCUAAUUGAAAGACUUUUAUCGAGCAAAUUGAGGUUGCUCCUUUCUGUACGUCAGUGAUCCUCCGAGGAGAAACUUCGAUGAUUCUAAGGUGGAAUUAUAUUUAAGGUAUCGCGAUAUUAAAUUUCGUAAUUUUAAAGAUUCUUUCGACUGAAAUUCAGAUCAGGAAUUUUAACGCUCCGUUUCACUUAUCUCCGUCAAGAUUAAUUAAAAGCGUAAACGACAAUUCUGAUUAUCAUCGCAAUUUCAACGACAAUAUAUUCUUAAUAGGAAGUUAUUAGCGUAAUCAAGGUGUGUUCGAAGAAUUUUUCACGAGAGCUAAUUAUUACCCAUAAUACGACAUUAUUGACAGUGCGAAAGGAUCUCGAAGGAGGAUCAAGAGGUCGUCUUAAUUGCGCUAUUUCCAGGCUAAAUAUCAACGUAUCAUGUCAAGACGGGCCAAUUUUAUCGACGUACUUAAUUAACGAACCGAGAGGACUGAUAGAGAGUUAAAAAGAAAGUUAAAUUAUUCCUGAGAGCUCUUUGACCGAUCCCCGUAAGGUCACUCGCUCGAAGAAUUUACCCUCGUCAAAUAGACACGAUAGGCGGAGGGACAACGAAUCGAAGUUAAAGGGCUGGAGGAAAGGUGUGGACGGACAAAAUGAAAUUCAGACAGAUUUAAAUCUUUUGAAAUUCUUCAUUCGAACCAGAAACAAGUUGUGAUUUUAAGUUAUGAUUUUACAAGUUAUGAGUUUUCAUUCAACAAAUUUCUAAUUUAUUAUUUUUUCAAAAUAUGAAAAUCUUUUGUUACAAAAUUUGGAUGUCUUUGGAUUUGGAUCAAAGUUGAUCCAGCAUCCCUAAGUUCGAAGGUUAAAGAAUCUCCAGCAGCUGUUACAGUUUAAUCCAGAGAUACAACAUAUCUGUGUAUAAAUAGUAGCGCGAUAGGUGUAAUUAAAGAUAUACAUAUUAAGAUAUAGUGUACGAUAUCAGCGUUUUAUUUGAAGUAUUAAGCGCACGCUAUAUGAAAACAUAUACACACGGACACACGCAUACGUUUCUAUACUCUGUACAUAUUAAUUUCUUAAGAAUCUUCAAGCAUAAUUAAGGGUAUAUUAUCGCGAUGAAUAUACAUAAAUAAGUGUACCGCUAUCAUUUAAGAUUCGUCGUCGUUAGAGCGUCUUAACACUUUUACUAUCAUUUUCAUUGAUUUCAAUAAAAAGGACUAAAUAUUAUAAAAGAUUAUGAAUCAGGUUCAUCGAAGGUAAAAUUAUUAUCCAACGGGAUUUUAAUGUUAACAGUCAAAGUGUUAAAUCGCUUAAUUAGACAAGUAUUAAGAUAAGAGACAGCAGUAGUUGUUAAUUAUUAGCAAACGAUGUGAUGUUAUGUAAGUACGUGUAACGUUGUAUAUAUGAAGAAGUGGAGGUGCAUAUUAAGAAAAAAAAAGUGAUUUAAUUGGCACGAGUGUGAAUGUACAGAGAGUGGACGAAGUAAUUAGAAACAUUCUUUAUCAAGUUUGCUAUUAAAAUUCUACUUAUUUGGUAACAGUAUAAUCAUAAUGAAAAUUUCCAAAGAUUCAUUUUGAACAUUCAUCCGAGAAAAAAUGUAUUUUUCUGACAAAUAUCAUAUUAAUUCAUAAUAAAUGUUUUUAUUAUUUUGUCCAACCAUUGUACAUUGAUCGUAAGAACCUUACGAAUUCACAGGCAUUUACAAAACUAACGCUUGUCACGUUAGAUACUAUUUAUUUGUUAAUUGAUUUAACAUAUAGUAAGAGAGAUUUUUGUUAAAAUUUUCAUUUCAUUGUUUAGGCACCAUCCUAACGUCGAUGUAAAGUAAGAAUCGUCAAGAUUGUCGAAAUAAAUAGGCUGCUUUCGCAGAUUACCCUGCUGAACCAUUGGAAUUUUGGAGCUACUGCUUCCGCUGAUAAUUUCAUUCUUCCUGUGACGGAUUUUGUAAGGUACACUGUAUAUAUUUUUCCAAUUGUAUCGCACAGAAUAAAUUUAUAUGACCA